AUGGCCAGUGGAUCAAGGUACGGUUUGAGGAUAGGGUCUUUGAUUCCGCCAGGCACAGACGGUAGAGGUUUGGGAGCCGGGGCAGUUAAUGCAGGCGAUGGUUUGACAUUAGAGGCCAAUUGGGGGGCUGACUGCGACUCUGAAGGUGGCAGAGCACGCGAAACGGAUUCUUGUAGCACAGAUUGGCUCGAAGAGACCGGUUCUGGCAAAAACGGGCCCAGCUUCCUGGUGAUCGCAGAAAUUAGCACAGAUAGCAGGUCGGGAUCGAUGCUAUCGUAG